AUGUGGUACGCAAAAAUUUUAUUCCUUUUAAAUUACUUAGUGAUACUAUUGAAAAUAAGUUAUGUACAAAAUUCCACAAGUUUUUCAAAUAUAAAGUGGGAUCAUGAUUUAUAUAGUAUAGGUGACAUACAUGGGGACAUGGAUGCUUUUUUAAAAAUUUUGAUAAAUGAAAAAAUAAUUGAUGAAAAUGGAAAUAUAAUUAAAGAGAAUACAUUAAUUGUGAUGACUGGUGAUGUAUUAGAUCCAAAUUAUGAUGAUAUAAAUAUUUUAUUUUUUAUUCAAAUAUAUAAUGAUAGAGGGAAAGAUAGUAAUUCCAAAAUACUACUGCUUUUAGGUAAUCAUGAAGUAAAAAAUUUGUGUUUAGAUUUUAAAUAUAAAAAAUCGGAUAAGGGUAAAUAUAGAAAUAGAAAUAAUAUGUUUAAGAAAAAUGAAAUUUUAUAUAAUUAUUUAAUGAACAGUCCACUAGUUGUAAAAGUAAAUGAUAUAACUUUUUCACAUGCAGGUGUACUACCUUUUUAUGCUUUUUAUGGUAUUGAUUUUAUGAAUGAAGAAGGGAAAAAAGAAAUAAAAAAUAACUGUGAAGUGUUAAAGGAAAAAAGAAAAAGGAAAGAGGAACUAUGUAUUUGUUGUGAAGAUGGACCAACAUUAACUAGGUACUAUUCUAUUGUUAAUGAUAAUAUAUUUAAAAGGUCGAUGGUUUGUUCCACUCUAAAUAAAUCCUUAAUUAUGUUGAAAUCUAGCAGAAUGGUUGUUGGACAUACCGUUCAAAAAAAUAAAAGAGUUAAUAGUUUUUGCAACGAAAGGCUUUUAUUAGCUGACACAGGCAUUAGUAAAUGGAAAAAAGGGGUUAUAUCUUAUGUGCAGUAUUUUAAGGAUGGAACGUAUGUGGUCAGAUAUAUUGAUAGAUGA